AAGUAAAGCAUGCAGUUAUAUUAAUCUGAAGAGCUUAAUAAAUCGAGGAAGAAGAAUGCAGAUGUAAAACUUUUGUUAGUUUUACCGUGCGAGCAUAUGGCAGUAAAAAAUUAACCAAUUGACUGUUCUGAUCUGGAAUGUCAAAACACAAAGUCCAAACUAGUUCAGAAGAAUAGCCUUUGUGCUCCCUAGGACUAUUGCUCUUUUUACGAUUCGCAUCCGUCUGCAUCUAAGCCUCCUGUCUAUUGUCUAAGGCAAAGGACUGUUUCCCGCCAAAAAGGACUUGUUCCUACCUCCCCAUAUAUUACCGUGCUUCUACAAAGGAAACGACAGAAAGAGAAAGAGAGAGAGAGAGAGAAUUCAGACUCCAAAGAGAUGAAGGGUACAUCCAAAGUGAUUAUGGGUGCAACCUUGGUAAUGGUGGUGACCCUUGCAGUUGUCCUAGUCCUUAUAUUUGUGCUGCUAGCUGAGCUCUACUGCUCCCUCUUACACCGCCGUCGCCACCUCCAAAACAGCAACUCUAACAACACUAUUCCCGCUACCACCACCACCCAACCCACCACAGCCAGAGCCAAUGCUUCUUCACCUUCUCACACAACCUCACACCCCCAACAACAAUCUCCUCCAUUCCGCAGCAUCUAUGCCCAAGGAGUCCUCCAAGCUCCCAGAAGCAUCCUUCUACCUGCAAUUUCUUGCAAAGAAGACAAAGCUGGGCCAAGGAAGCACUAUUCUGAGCUUCAUCAGGUUGUUCAAAUCCAAAUACAACCCCGAGAAUCAAACUCAAUCGCAAGCCCUUCUCCACCACCAUCCUUCGUAUCCAUAGCCCCCUCAAAACCAAAUCACCAACACCCACUUCCCAUGGGAAAAAAUCCCUGUCAUAAUGACAACAAACUUUGCAGUGGUGGGGAACACCUUAUGUACAUUUCCAACCCCAUAUAUGAAAACGAUGAGAGCCAAGGGAGUGGGGCAAACACCCCAUUUGAGACACCAGACACUUCACCUUCGCGUUUGGAAAAAGUUGGUUCUUCUGAGGAGGAUGAAGCAACCCCUUGUGUUACUCACUCACCUCCAUAUACCCCUCCUUUGACUCCAAUGAAGAAGCUCCCAGCAGAGGCAUGUUCUGUUUCUCUUAGAGGUGCAAGAUCCUUGGGCACUUCAUGCAGUGAUUCUCGCAGCAACAAUGGCCUCUCUUCAUCCUCCGGUUCCCCGUGUACUUCUCCAUCAUGGUAAUUGCAAUGAUUCUUCAAUGGGGUGGUUAGAUUGCACGCGUGAAAGCUUCUGUUUGGUAUUUUUUGUUACCAGGUUAGUUCUGUGAAUAAAGUAAGAACAAAAGUAGUAGCAGUUAUAACUUAGCAUGUGGGAAGAAGCUGUGAGUACUUUCUUUUUGCAGGCGUGGUUAUCAUAACGCGUCUGUUUGUUGUAAGUGGUAACACUCAUGGCGAUUGGCAACUCAACUUUAGUAUUUUUCUUAUAUCUUGGCUUUCCCGUAGCUAGUUAGAUAAGGGGCGCACGGUUGUUCUUAUUGGCAUUGUACACUCUGCUUGUUUUUAUUUAUUUAUUGAAAAUAGGAGCAUUUCCGAGUAGGAAGAUUUUAUAU